AUGAAUUUGAGGUUCACCGGGCCUCCAUUACGUGGAGGAACUGGCAAAUGCGCCCAUUGGAAUGCCCCAUACCUGUGUCCAGUAGUCAACAAAAUUUCAUUAAAAAUAAUCUAUACGUCUCAAUUCAUCGUUGUUUAUAUGAAACUCAUGCCAGAACGAGGGCAAACGCAAGAGUCAGGGGAGGGCACGACCUGGGUGCUAUUGGUAACUGGCCCCGCCAAGGGUCAUAUUUUUUGCCAGUCCCUUCACGCUCCACGCAGUGGAGGAUGGCCAAACCUAAAAUUCACAGCCGCACCAAACAAAGUCGUGGGCGGUGAAUGGGAAGU